AUGACCUUUGUUUAUUGUGAUAUAUUAAUUCCUGAUCGUCAAAAUGAUGACACAACUUUUGAAAAUGCCACUGAACCUCAAUUAGUACCUUUAUCUCCUUGUAAUGACUCUUCACCAAUCUUUAAACUUCCAUUUCCUCCAAUCAUUGAUGCAACCGAUUUUUUGGCGAACACUAAACGGUCAUCACGAGGUGGUACCUUAAGAAGCCCAAAUGCCUUUUUAAUUUAUAGAAAGGCCUUUUUAGACCAUCUUGUUCUUAUUUGGAAAGAUUUUAAAACGUCAGCAUGUAAACGUAAUAAACAAAAUAGCAAAAUUAAGAAAACUUCGAUGGAAAAGAUUAAAAUGACAAAAAAAAGUAAUGAAUCAUCUAUUAUUAUGAACAAUCUAGAAUUUGUUCCAGAAAAUGUGGUCAACACUUCACCGAUCUCUGAAACAACUAAUUGGACUUGGGUAAUAUCAGAAGAGUUUAUUCCUUCUCGAAAUUCAACUCCAUGCAGCUCAAUUAUGACCUCACCGGAAAUCCCAACC